AUGUCUGCCCCUACUAUUCCCUCUGAACCUCCUUUGGUUUCCUCUAUUUCUCUCCCAACACCUAUCUACACCUCCUCUGAAACCCCACCUUCUACAACCAGAACCUCACAACCUUUACCCAAAUUUAAUCUUGCCCAUACAUCACUACCUCUAUCCGAAGCUGAAGAACUUAAUCAAACCACUUCUUCAUCUUCAGCUCCAGAAUCACCUCCUUACCUUAUCCUCUCCUCUGACCCAGAACCUUCUGACCCCGCUUCUUCCACUCUAGCCCACCUUUAUUCUCUAAACCAAAACACUCAACAACCAACACAACCUCCACCUGAAGCCCUACUUUUGAAUGAACCCAUCUCACCUCCCUCUUCAACUACCUCAUCACCACCUUACUAUGACUUGUCCUCUGAAUCUGACCAGGCAGAAACCAUUUAUCCUCCAUCUCUAACAUUGGCCCAACUCCAAGACAUCACACUAUCUAACCAACCCCCAUCUGCAUCACAAACCUCAAUGCCUUCCCCAUCUGAACAUCCAACAGAACCACAAUCUGAACCUCAAACAGUAUCACAAUCUAAACUUCCCACUAAACCUGCAUCUGAACCCCCUAUUACACAAACCUCUGACCCUCACACUGAAACCACCCUCACCUUAUCAGAAACCAUUCAUCCAUCAUCUGCACCCGAACCAACCUUUCCUACCCUGGAAGAGUUAGUUGCUUUAUUUUAUGAAUCGUUAAUUGCGAAGCUCAGAACGUUGUUUGAACAAUCCAGCCUAAGUGAUAAUCCCUCUGAAGUGAGGAAUCACUGGAAUGGAUUUCUCAGAUGGAUGACAUCUGAGGUCUUCAAGUUGAAAGGACUCUCUGAGCAAGUCAUAAAUGACUAUAUCAGAGAGGCUGAGGAGAGGCUAGAGGCUCGUCUGGCUAGAGAAGCUGAAGAGAAAGCACGCCUGGAAGCUGAAGAGCAGGAGAGAAAGGAAGCCAAAGCAAAAGCUUCAGUUGAGGCUACUGCUGCUACUGAAGCCAAAGCCAAAGCCAAAGCCAAGGCUGACACUGAAGAAGCAACACACAUUGAUGUAGAAGAAGAUGUUAAGGCUAAAUAA